AUUUUCCUUCAAAGAUAGCAGUAUGAAUAAGUCAACCGUACGGUGACAUCGCACAAAGUGAAAAAUUUGAACUUUUUAAUACAGUGCAAUAUAUAAAUGUAUAUAGCAUUCUUUAUUAUUUAACAACGUAUAUAAUUAUUUAAUAGUCAUUGGUUUGUUUAAUAACUAAGAAUGGAAUUCAAAGAGGAACCAACAGUGAAAAUAGAAAUGGAAACGUUAAAUAUAGAGAACGAAAAUUUAAAUUCUGCUGCUCUCAGCGACGAUUCUCUGCGAAUAGCUAAAUGUUGGCGUUGUCACGAAGGUAUAAGUAUAGACAAAGGAAAACUCAUACGUCUGUGUUUAUGUAGUGAUGUUUUACAAUUUGUGCAUGUUAAGUGUUUAGAGAAGUCGGUAAACGUUAGAAGUAUCUAUCACUGCAGAAUUUGUGAUGUUUCUUUGCCAUUAAGACGAGAAAAUAAACCACCAAUAAAGUGGUGCACAAAUACAACUACUUCAAACAUGCUAAAAUGUUGCUGUGUUUCUAGUUUUAAAAUGCUUAUUUUGAUACUAUUGAAGAUUGGUUUAAUUAUUAUAAUUAAAUAUUUAAUUGAAUACCUUAUUGUAGCAAAGAUUGGAAAAUUUAUACCAGUUUUAAUUAUUGUUAUCCUUCUUUUUGGUCUACUUCUACUUCCACUUGCUAACGAAUAUCGCAUAAUGCGGAAAUGUAUUAUAAGCAUGCGUGAAAGUUGUCAAAGAUGGUAUGAUAGUAAUCAAGAAAUGAAAUUGGAGUCAAUUUCAUAUCAGCGUUUGAUUGCGGGUGAAGAAACAGUAUAAAAUAAUUUUAUCAUUAUAUUUUCAUGCUAUAACAUAAUUAUAAAUACUAUGACUAUACUAUGAACUAUAAAUGUAAAAAAAUAAUUGCAUUUAUAAUUUUACAUUUUGACUACAUUUUGAGUAAUUUUAAAAUAAAAUUUAAAUUUAGAAUCUGGAUAUUUUCAGAAUGCACUAUUAUUUGCAGAAU